AUGGCGCCCGGGCCCACGUCAACCGCAGACAGUUGCCAGAGUGUGCUUGCCAGAGGGGGCUAUCUUAGCGUGUGCCCAGUGGUUGUCUGUUUGGAGCCGCCUGGCAUCAAGUUCACCAGCAUGGAAGCUGUGGUUGGUUCUGUAGGCACCGAGGUCUCUUUGCCGCCCCAGCUGGGCGGCUUCCAGAUGGUCAUUAACACUCAGCGGCUCUGCGUGCAGUUUGAAGAUCUCCUACAAGUUGAGGCGUGCGAGCUG